UUACUUAUUCGUAAGUCAGCGAUUGUUGGAGUUAGACGUGUGGAGUGUCUGUGACAAUAUAGUAACGCUAUAUUUUUUUAAAACUUUGUCGCGUUCUUAAAUUUACCGAAGCCUUAUUUUUCGAGAUACUUUCUUCUUUAGACGUCUGGUUCUUAUUUAGAUGGCAAGCUUUCCCGAUUUUGUAAACGAAAAUGAAAUAGUAAGAUCACGGACCAUCGGGGAACUCAUAACGCCAACUUCUCCCUUCGAGCAGAAAUAUGGCCGUGAAAAUUGGACAGUGGCUUUCGCUCCUGAUGGCUCAUAUUUUGCUUGGUCUCAAGGCCAUCGAAUUGUGAAAUUGGUUCCUUGGUCACAGUGCCUUAAGAACUUCAGUUCAAAAAAUAAUAGUAACUUGUCAAAUGCAAAACUAUCCAGACAGAAUAGUGACGUUGGUCAGAAAAAUAAGCCUUUAGAGCACACGAUAGACUGUGGAGACAUUGUCUGGAGCCUUGCAUUUGGGUCAUCUGUGCCAGAAAAACAGAGCCGUUGUGUGAAUAUAGAAUGGCAUCGUUUCAAAUUUGGGCAGGAUCAGCUUCUGCUCGCAACAGGGCUGAGCAAUGGGCGCAUCAAAAUAUGGGAUGUUUACACAGGGAAGCUCCUCCUUAAUCUUAUGGAUCAUACUGAAGUUGUCAGAGAUUUGACAUUUGCUCCAGAUGGUAGCCUUAUACUUGUUUCUGCGUCAAGAGACAAAACUCUCAGGGUUUGGGAUCUCAAAGAUGAUGGUAACAUGAUGAAAGUAUUACGAGGGCAUCAAAACUGGGUUUAUUGUUGUACUUUCUCACCGGACUCUACAAUUUUGUGUUCUGUUGGAGCUGGCAAAGCUGUGUUCCUGUGGGAUAUGGAUAAAUAUACAAUGAUCCGUAAGCUAGAGGGACACUACAAUGAUGUAGUAGCUUGUGAAUUCUCUCCUGAUGGAGCUUUGUUGGCUACUGCAUCGUAUGAUACCAGAGUUUAUGUCUGGGAUCCCCAUAUUGGGUCGAUACUACUUGUACUAGGGCACUUAUUUCCCCCUCCUACCCCAAUAUUUGCUGGUGGAGAUAAUGGCCGUUGGGUGAGAUCUGUUGCUUUCAGUCAUGAUGGAGUACACAUUGCCAGCCUUGCUGAUGAUAAGUUGGUAAGAUUCUGGCGACUUGAUACAGAUCACCCAGUGGAGGUUGCACCCCUGAAUAAAGGACUUUGUUGUGCCUUUUCUACUGAUGGCAGCGUUUUAGCUGCUGGAACUCAGGAUGGAAACGUGCAUUUCUGGUCAACUCCAAAAUAUGUUUCCAGCCUUCAGCACUUAUGUCGCAUGGCAAUAAGAAGAGUGAUGACAACGAACCAAGUUCAGAUGCUGCCUAUGCCUCAAAAAAUAAUAGAGUAUCUUACUUACCAAAUUGUGUAGGGAAUGUUCCAAUUUCAUUUUGUUGAAAUUGGUGAUUUUCCCAAAAGCAUUACAAUCUUUGCUUUAAUUGUUACAAGUUUUCCUUUGAAUAUUAUAAAUAUAGUAUUUAAAUGUCACAUUUCUGAUCACUUAGAGCUUUAAAUCUGAAUGAUUGAGAAGUGUGUAUGGUAAAGGCAGAAAUGGACUCUGGAGAUAUUUGUACAACUGUGAAACUAAACUGUAAAUAUGUGUAAGCUGCUAAUGUGUAUUUUAUUGCUUAAGUAUAUUGAAUUUGUAUGUGCUGGUUCUCAAAUGUCUGUCAGAUAUGGAUGUUGUAAAGCACAAGUGUUAUUUCUGAGAAGAUGGGUAUCGGCAGUGAGCAAAAGGAAGUCUAUCUUUUUUCAUAUGUGAUUGAUCAUAAGAUCUUAAGAGUUUCUUAGCUUUAAACUGUUUUGGUAGAUGGUAACUUUAGUGAGAAGGGAAUGUUUGAAUGUUUUUGCUGUGAACAUAGCGAUAAGUCUCAUCCCUGUAAAUUAUAUUGCUCUGUAAUAUAUUUCCAGGGCUAUACUUUGGUUGGCUGCCAAAGAUGAGCAAAGUAUUUGCUGUUGCCUUCUGCUGUUUAUUUGCACUUGCAGGUUAAAUGAAUGUAUGCAGUGCACAAAAUGCAGACUUUAUUUUUUGAAUAUCGCCAAAAGGUCUGUUAAUAAACUUUUUUUAUUUUA